GAAGGAUGUAAUAACAUGCCACGGGCAAUAAAUCAUAGGCUAGCUACUCCCCCCCGGCUCCCCUCCCCCAGCCCCGGCGGUCCCGGCCCCUCUAUAGAGGGAGGGGAGUGGGGGACUCCAGCAGAGCGCAGCAGCAGCCAGGACGAGCAGACCUGUGCCCGCCUCGCGCCCCGCCAGCCACCCAGCAUGGACCUCCGAGCCCUGGCUCUGCUCGCCUUCGCCCUGGCGAUCAUCUCCCUCUCGGAGGAGAAACCCGUCAGCCUGACUUACCGAUGCCCCUGCAGAUUCUACGAGAGCAACGUGGCAAGAGCCAAUAUUAAGCACCUCAAAAUCCUCUCCACACCCAACUGCUCCCUUCAGAUUGUUGCAAGGCUCAAGAGCAACAGCAAGCAAGUGUGCAUUGAUCCCAAGUUAAAGUGGAUCCAGGAGUACCUGGAGAAGGCUUUAAACAAACCACGUCAUCGCACUCAUAAAAAAAAGCAACAGAAGAAACGGGGCCCACUCUGCCCUUCCCGUGCAACACCACUAAAGUCUCCAGGGAGAAAGAAUGGAGGUUCAAGAUGUAAGAGGCAAGCAUUGUAAGCCGUCUUCAGGAUUUCUUACUGUAGGAUCCAGGGAGCAGAUAACCAGUAUUAGGGAAUGAAAGCAUUUCACUGUUAUAAUGCAGCACAA